AUGGCUGAUCUACCCUUCAGUGUUGAUAGGACAGUCGGCGCGGCAUUUCUGGGAAACAUUGCAGCUGGGGUAUUCUACGGGAUUACGAGUCUCCAGACGUAUAUGUACUACAAGAGAAAUUUCCAGGACCUUCCUUCAUUCAAACUUUUGGUGCGUCAGAUACUCGAUGGGCUCCAUCUAGCUAUGACAACGCACGGAAUGUAUUGGUAUCUGGUGACGAACUUUAUGAACCCUUCAGCGGUCGAGAUUCCUGCUUGGUUCAAGUCUACGUUACGUGUCUCAGUGACUUCAUCGUCAGAUGCAUCUUUACGAGAAGAGUAUGGUUGCUUAGCAACUGCAGCAAACUUCUUGUGGCUGUCAUCGUGGGUUUUCGUCAUCAUUCUCCGUGCGUCUGCCGAGCUGAUCAACAGUUCACUUCCAGGGGGUAGCAUCUCUCUAUGUAAUAGGCAGCGGGAUAGAUUCCUUGCGGGCUCGUUCUUACUGCUCCUUCGCGAUUCUUGGCUCCUGUAUUCGGCACUCGGAUCAGCUGUCUUUGCGGAUGUCUUCAUUGCCGCCACGCUAUGCUUUUUUCUCAGCACGCGAAGAACUGGUUUCAAGAGCACUGAUAAUCUCGUUAACACUAUGAUGGUGUAUAGCAUCAACACUGGCCUUCUGACUUCUGUCUGCGCUAUGGCAUGUUUCAUAACGUACGCUAUUUGGCCCCAGGACUUCGUGUUUAUAGGCAUAUAUUUCACACUCUCUAAACUAUACCUCAACUCAUUACUAGCCACUCUCAACGCGAGAACCUUAAUGAGGGAACACGAUCACCGGAUUUCGACUAAUCCCGAAGGCGUUUCAUUCAAGUUUGUUCCCCCAAUGGACUGCACCGCGGUCAUAGAUUCAGCCAGGUCACGGGUGAGUAUUGAGUUCUGA